UUCCACAAAUAAUACUAGGUUCUCAGAUAGUCCCGUAUUUCGCCCAUCCGAUCAUUACAGACUGUCAAAGAAGCAGAUUAAUACAGUCGUUUGAAGCAUGUGCAUAUUCGGAUUCCACCUUCCCGUCCAGUGAUGCUUUGACGCGGUUCAUAGCUGGGUAUUUCACGGGCUUCUACCCUCUUAUGCCCUUCACACAUGCCCCAACCUUCAAACUUGACGAGUGUUCACCCGAGCUGUGCCUCGCAAUAUUAGCCGUGGGUGCUGCAGCUCGAUAUGAAUCAAAGUCAGCAACUCAGCUAUUUCAUUAUGCGAAACUUAUGAUAUUAGAACGUCAAAGCCUGAGAACCAGAGCAGCACUGAGGAAACUAACAACCUCUGAGAGUGAUGCUACUGCUGUGAGCAGAACUGAUACUGAUGAAGUUUCCUGUUUGCUUUGUCUUGGUUGGCUUGCGACAUGGCAAACGGAUUUGGGUCUGCGAGAAGAGGCCAUGAUCUUACGUGGCUUGCUUGCCCAGACUCUACGGUUGACUGGCUUACCAGAGACUCGGCGCAAUUCCGAUAUUGCAUGGGAGGCCUGGGCUAAGCAAGAAUUGGAGAGGCGGGCAAAGUUGUUUGCAUUCUGCUUUCUGAACACCCAGAGCAUUUUGCUCAACUUGCCGCCCAUUAUCUGGAGUUAUGAGAUGGAUUUGAAACUGCCAUCCACUUGUCCUGAGUGGACAGCACCUGACUCAGUCACGUGGAGGCUGCUGCACCAGGACAACCACAACGGACAAUCAACCUUUCAUGAUGCCCUGAAAGACUUGUUGACGCCUGGCCAAGACACCAUGCGCAAAUGUGUCCCGACGCCCUGUGCUAACUAUGUGCUGUUGCAUGGACUGAUACAGGAUAUCGUAUAGACUCCAGCUCCCCUAGGGACUCUGAAUGUUCGGCAGUCCUCAGAUCAGCAGGAGCUUUUCCAAACCGCCUUACGUAGGUGGACAACAGCCUGGCAGAAAACGCCAGAGUCUAAUCUCGAGCCCUUUGACCCCAAUGGCCCCUUGCCCUUUAUGUCAGGUGCAAUGCUG